CUUCUGUCCCUCUGUUCCUCCAAGCGGCAAGUAGUUUGAUUUUCAGCCAAGGUCUGAAUCAAGGAAGAAGGAGAAAAAAUGGCUACAAUCAGAAUACCAGAUAAAGUUCCUAGUCCAGACAAAGACUGCAAGAAUCUCGAAGAAGCUUUUGGAGUAUGGAGAACAGAUACGAAGGAGAUCAUAAGGAUUUUGGGUUGCAGAAAUGGCAGCCAGCGCAAGAAGAUCAGAGACAUAUAUCAACAUCUUUACAAUAAGUCUCUCACUGAUACUCUCAAAUCCAAGCUUCCUCAUGACUACUUGGUGUUUUCUGAUUUCAAGAAUGCAGUGAUUAUGUGGACGAUGGAUCCUUCCGAAAGGGAUGCAAAAUUGGCCAAUAAAAGCUUGAGGAAGGGUUUUGAUCAUCUACAAGUGAUCAUAGAGAUUGCCUGUGCAUCAACUCCAGAACAUUUGAUGGCUGUGAGGCAAGCAUAUUGUUCCCUCUUUAAUUGCUCCCUUGAAGAAGACAUCACAUCCAAUGUAUCCUUCUUGCCUCUCAGAAAGCUUCUUUUGUGCUUAGUGAGUUCCUAUAGGUAUGACAGAGAAUUGGUGGAUUCAAAUCUUGCACAUUCAGAGUCUGCUGUGCUUCAUGAUGCUAUUGAAAAGGAGUUCUAUCAUGAUGAAUUGGUAUUCAUGCUCAGUACCAGGAAUAAGUAUCAACUCAAAGCAACAUUUGAGUGUUACAAACAAAACUAUGGGAAUUCCAUUUACCAGGACAUAGAGAGCAGUGGCACUGGCAAUUUUAAAUCCAUCUUAAGAUUGGCUAUUUUGUGCAUAGAUACCCCUGAGAAACACUUUGCUGAGGUUGUGAGGAACGCAAUUGUUGGACUGGGAACAGAUGAGGAUUCGUUAACUAGAGCCAUUGUAACUCGGGCUGAAAUAGAUAUGAUGAAGAUCAGAGCAGAGUACUUCAACACAUACAAAAGUAACCUUGACAAGGCAGUUAUUGGUGAUACAUCAGGAGACUACAAGGAUUUCUUAGUCACUCUGCUUGGAGGAAAAAUUUGAACUGCACUAGAUCACUUCUGUGUCUCUUGUGAGAUGAAUUGUGUUGUGAACUCAAUUGCAGUUUGUAAAUUCUGAUACUAGCCAGCCCAUGAUCAUAUAAUAUCAAUUUCUUGUACAAAAACUUCAAUCAUCAAAGUUCAAAAUCAGAACUCAUUCAAGACUGGAUGAACUUUCCUGUAACAUCCAUGACAGUGCUACAUUUAAUGAUUGAAAGUACUGAAAAUAGUUUAGUUUGGGAUUUCGA